CUUUCACGUUAGGUUAGAAAAAGAAAAAAAGUAGAAGUAAUUUUUAGGUUAUGGGUGAUGAAUGUUUUCGCCGCAAUUUAUAAAUUUUUUAUCCCUUUACAGUUUUUUACCAAGGUUUAUCAGUUUGAAUAAUUUUAGAAGCAUGACGCAAAGAAAAUGUUGUCUUGUGCAUCUCACUAAUCGUCUAAAAAUUGAUUUACCGCAUGAAAAAUUGAUUAUCCUAGGCCGAAAUGUAGAAACACAAGUAGAAGAUAUUUUUAUUUCAAGACACCAAAUUGAAUGUAUUGCCGAUAUCGAAAAGUGCAUAGUAAAGGUUAAACCUGUAGGAAAAUCAAUAUCAGGGGUUGACGGGUAUGCUAUAGUAAAAGAUAAAACGUAUGCAUUAGGACCUGGGCAUGUAAUAGAACUUCGUUUAGGAUUUCAUCCAUACGAAAUAACAUUCGAGUCUCCUGAGCAUAUACCAAAAUGUAUAUCAAAUAAGCCUCCAGCAAAAAAAACGAAGUUCGACAAUGAUGACAAUGCAGCAGAAGAUCCUCGGGUAUUUACUGAAAAUGGAAAAUGGGAAGAAAUUGAUCACAGAGAAUUAUUGAUUUAUACACCUGAGAACAUUCAGAACAGAAGUAAAAUAGCAGCUUUUGAUAUUGAUGGCACUAUUAUAAAAACAAAAUCGGGCAAGCGAUUUCCUCUUAACGUAGAGGAUUGGAUACUUAACUACGAUGACAUACCCCUACAAUUAAGCAAACUGCAUCAGGAUAACUUUAAAAUAGUAUUUUUUACAAACCAGUCAGGUGUGGGUAAAGAUUCGUCUAAAAUUAGAGAUUUUAAAAGAAAAAUCGAAAAUAUAUUAAAGAAACUUUUACUGCCUGUUCAAGUUUACAUUGCUUUGGGAAAAAGUAAAUAUCGAAAACCAAUGACUGGCAUGUGGGAUACUUUAAAAAAUCAAAAAAAUGAUGACAUCGAAAUUGAUUUAAACGAAUCAUUUUAUGUUGGCGAUGCUGCAGGAAGACAAAAAAAUUGGAUACCUAAGAAAAAUAAAGACCAUUCCAUUGCAGACAGACUGUUUGCGUUAAAUAUUGGUUUGAAAUUUUUUACACCUGAAGAAUAUUUUAGAAAACAAAGACCUGUUACCUUUUUAAUGCCAGAGUUUGAUCCUCGAAAUCUUCCCGUUUUAGAUAUUCCAGAAAUACAUUAUGAAUCUCCUAAUAUUAUUGUAAUGGUAGGAUGUCCAGGUUCUGGAAAAAGUAAUAUCUGUAAAUCCUUAAUUAUUCCCAAGGGUUACAUCCAUAUUAAUAGAGACAGUUUAGGAAGCUGGCAAAAGUGCGCAAAAUUAUUAGAGGAAACUAUACAGGAGAAGAAAAAUUGCGUUAUAGAUAAUACAAAUUGUGAUAAAGAAAGUAGAAAAAGAUACCUAGAAAUAGCCAAAAAAUACCAAAUUCCUUGUAGAUGUUUUGUAAUGACCACAUCGCAUCAACACUGCAAGCAUAAUAACAAAUUCCGUGAAUUAACUGAUAAAUCACAUGUGCCCGUUAGUGAAAUAAUUAUUAAUAGUUUGAAGAAGAACUACCAGAAGCCUGAGCUAUCCGAAGGAUUUGAUGAUAUUGUAGAGAUUCCAUUUGUACCUUCAUUCAAAGACGAAGAACAUGAAAAAUUAUAUAAGAUGUUUUUGUUGGAGAAUUAAAAAUUAUAAUAAAAAUUAGUCCUAAAGACUUUAAAACGGAAUUAUAUUUUUAUCUUGACUAAAGAAAACAUACUUUUGAAUUAGUUUUAUGAAAUCCAAAAUUUACCAGCCAAAUAUUUUAAACAAUACUCCUUCC